GGUGGGGGCGGAGGGGUUGUGGUUCCACUGCAGCGGGGGCUCCUGUGUCCUUGUGCGGAAAUGACACACGGAGUCCCGUCACGUCACGCGAGAGCGCAGCGCACGGACACACACAAAGAGAGGGGAAAAUACACGGCGUCCGCCGCCCCCAGCGACUCCCCGGGCCGCCCCGGCCAGGCCCUGUGCGCGAGGCCCCCACUCUUCGGCCCCUCGCCCCCCCCUCACGUGGCGCCCAAACUCGGCGCGGGCCCUCUCUGCAAAGUACAGAACUCGUGUCCCAGUGGAAUAGAAGAUGAACGCAACUGAAUUCGGUGAAGAUGUAGAAGAAGUUCUGAAAAAUAACACUGUGAAAGUGGAGACCCAGGCUGAAGAUGCUGCCCUGGACUGCUCAGUGAAUUCCCGGACUGCUGAGAAGCUCCCUCUGGACUGCGUCUUCACUGCCCUCCAGGACGCCAGCAAGCGGAGGCAGCCCAGCGGCGACGGCCUCCCGGACCCGGUGCCCGGCGGGAAGCGGCGGCGGCUAAUUCCCGAGGCACUCCUAGCAGGCAUGAGGAAUCGGGAGAACAGCUCACCUUGCCAGGGGAAUGGGGAGCCGGCCAGCAGGGGCAAGAGCUCUGCGUGGCCGGGCGAGGACGAGCCCAGCGGCGACACGGGCACCCCCUCCUACAAGAAGCCUCUGUAUGGCAUCUCACACAAGAUCAUGGAAAAGAAGAACCCCCCUGCGGGGGACCUGCUCAACACGUACGAGCUCUUCGAGAAGGCAAACCCCAGCAACAGCCCCUCGCCACUGCGGCUCCUGAGUGAGCCCCAGAAACGGGACUGCGGCAGCGCCGCAGCAGCCACUGAUGGCGACCCCAACAUCUACUUCCUGAUCCAGAAGAUGUUCUACAUGCUCAACACGCUCACCUCCACCAUGUCCCAGCUGCACAGCAAGGUGGACCUGCUCUCCCUGGAGGUGAGCCGCAUCAAGAAGCAGGUGAGCCCCACUGAGAUGGUGGCCAAGUUCCAGCCGCCCCCCGAGUACCAGCUCACGGCCCCCGAGCUCAAGCAGCUCGUGGACCAGAGCCUGUCGGGCGGUGACCUGGCCUGCCGCCUGCUGGUGCAGCUCUUCCCCGAGCUCUUCAGCGACGUCGACUUCUCCCACGGCUGCAGCGCCUGCGGCUUUGCCACCAAGCGGAAGCUGGAGUCGCUGCACUUGCAGCUCAUCCGCAACUACGUGGAGGUGUACUACCCCUCGGUGAAGGACACGGCUGUGUGGCAGGCCGAGUGCCUGCCCCAGCUGAAUGACUUCUUCAGCCGCUUCUGGGCCCAGCGGGAAAUGGAGGACAGCCAGCCUGGCAGCCAGGUCACCGGCUUCUUUGAGGCCGAGCAGGUGGACGCUGGCCACUUCCUGGACAACAAAGACCCAGAGGAGGCCCUGUCACUGGACCGGAGCAGCACCAUCGCCUCAGACCACGUGGUGGACACGCAAGACCUCACCGAGUUCCUGGACGAGGCCUCCUCACCUGGCGAGUUUGCCGUCUUCCUGCUCCACCGGCUCUUCCCCGAGCUCUUCGACCACCGAAAGCUGGGCGAGCAGUACAGCUGCUACGGGGACGAUGGCAAGCAGGCGCUGGACCCGCAGAGGCUGCAGAUCAUCCGCAACUACACGGAGAUCUACUUCCCCGACAUGCAGGAGGAGGACGCCUGGUUGCAGCAGUGCGCCCAGCGCAUCAACGAGGAGCUCGAGGGCCUGGGGCUGGACGUGGGCAGUGAGGGCGAGCCCCCACGGGACGACUGCUACGACUCCUCCAGCCUGCCCGACGACAUCUCGGUGGUCAAGGUGGAAGACAGCUUCGAGGGUGAACGGCCCGGCCGCCGCUCCAAGAAGAUCUGGCUAGUGCCCAUCGACUUCGACAAGCUGGAGGUCCCGCAGCCCGACUUCGAGGUGCCGGGCGCCGACUGCCUGCUUAGCAAGGAGCAGCUGCGCAGCAUCUACGAGAGCAGCCUGUCCAUCGGCAACUUCGCCUCCCGCCUGCUGGUGCACCUCUUCCCCGAGCUUUUCACCCACGAGAACCUGCGUAAGCAAUACAACUGCAGCGGCUCCCUGGGCAAGAAGCAGCUGGACCCGUCCCGCAUCAAGCUGAUCCGCCACUACGUGCAGCUGCUCUACCCCCGGGCCAAAAACGACCGCGUCUGGACCCUGGAGUUCGUGGGCAAGCUGGACGAGCGCUGCCGGCGCCGGGACACCGAGCAGAGGCGCUCGUACCAGCAGCAGCGCAAGGUGCACGUGCCGGGCCCGGAGUGCCGAGACCUCGCGAGCUAUGCAAUCAACCCGGAGAGGUUCCGGGAGGAAUUCGAGGGGCCCCCGCUGCCCCCUGAGAGAAGCAGCAAGGACUUCUGCAAGAUCCCCCUGGACGAGCUGGCCGUCCCCUCGCCCGACUUCCCGGUGCCUUCGCCGUACCUGCUGUCGGACAAGGAGGUGAGGGAGAUCGUGCAGCAGAGCCUCUCCGUGGGCAACUUCGCCGCCCGGCUCCUGGUCAGGCUCUUUCCCGAACUCUUCACCGCCGAGAACCUCCGGCUGCAGUACAACCACUCCGGGGCUUGCAACAAGAAGCAGCUGGACCCCACGCGCCUGAGGCUCAUCCGCCACUACGUGGAGGCCGUCUACCCCGUGGAGAAGAUGGAGGAGGUGUGGCACUACGAAUGUAUCCCUAGCAUCGAUGAACGGUGUCGCCGCCCCAACAGGAAAAAAUGCGACAUCCUGAAGAAGGCCAAGAAAGUGGAGAAGUGACGGCCGGAGGUUUGCCCGGAGGCGGGGCUGCCCCAUCAGGAGCCGCCCCCUGGGACUCAGCGAUCGCCUCAUGCGCGGAGGCCACGGGCAGGCCCCGGGCAGCAGGGCGUGGCUUCCCCAUUUGCACACCCGGACCCCCAGCAAGCCACACGCCAAGGAGCCUCGGGCUGGCUCUCCUGGGCGUGGGGCUUGCGCCCCGCGUUCCCUGGGGGCACAGCUAGACGGUGGGGAGGGCUGAGCUGGGAGGAGAGAGGGCAAAGGCGGGGGGUCCCUUCCCCUGGCUCUGUCCUCCCCAUGCCCUCUUGAAAUUUGAAAGGCAAAUUCAGCAACUCUGGUUCCUCUUCCCACAUUUUACAUUUCCAUUUUUAU